GGGGCGGGUGUGGCCCGGGGGUGGGGGCCGAGGCUGGACUGGGUGGGGGGCCAGGGUGCUCCGGGCUCUGCGGCUGGAGCCAACUUGAUGGAGACUCAGGCCCACGCCCUAAAGGGUUAAACCUUUUCUGAUGUACCCGAGCGGCUUAUAAGAAGGGGGAGGCCAAGUCUCCGCCUUAUUGGGAGCCUUUUGGGGUUUAUUCUCUUCCCUUCUAACUUGAUUGAGAAUGACCCAAAAGAACUCUAAGUUUUGUUCCAGAGCCAGUGUGUAUACUCAAGUGCCUGAUGGAGGAUGGGGCUGGGCAGUAGCUGUUUCUUUUUUCUUCAUUGAAGUCUUUACCUAUGGAAUCAUCAAGUCAUUUGGUGUCUUCUUUAAUGAUUUAAUGGACAGCUUUGAUGAAUCCAACAGCAGUAUCUCAUGGAUAGUAUCAAUAUGUGUGUUUGUGUUAACAUUUACAGCUCCCCUCUCCACAAUCCUAAGCAACCGCUUUGGACACCGUCUGGUGGUGAUGAUAGGAGGCCUGCUUAUCAGCACAGGGAUGGUGGCAGCGUCUUUCUCCCAGAAGGUCUACCACAUGUACAUCUCCAUUGGAAUCAUCUCGGGUUUGGGGUAUUGCUUUAGUUUUCUGCCAACUGUCACCAUUCUGUCACAGUACUUUGACAAAAGGCGUUCAGCAGUCACUGCAGUGGCUUCUACGGGAGAAUGCUUCGCCGUGUUCGCUUUUGCACCAGCCAUCACAGCUCUGAAGGAACACAUCGGCUGGAGAUACAGCCUCCUCUUCGUGGGCCUGUUGCAGCUGAACAUCAUAGUCUGUGGUGCCCUGCUAAGACCAAUUAUCAUCAGAGGACCAGGGUCACCAAAAAUAAUCACUCAUGAACCCCGGAAAGAAGUGCAGUAUAUGCUUGAAAAUGAGAAAACUCGAACCUCAAUAGACUCCAUCGACUCAGGAGUAGAACUAACUACCUCACCAAAAAAUGUGCCUAGUCAAGCGAACACAGAGCUGGAAGCUAAGGCCGAGCAGCAGCAGAUGCUGAUGGCUGGCUCCAAGCACAGCCAGACGAAAGCUCCGCUGUUGGACUUUUCUGUUUUGAAAGAGCAAAGUUUCAUUUGUUACGCGUUGUUUGGUCUCUUUGCCACACUGGGAUUCUUUGCACCUUCCCUGUACAUCAUUCCUUUGGGCAUCAGCCUAGGCAUUGACCCUGACCGUGCUGCGUUUUUACUGUCUACAAUGGCCAUUGCUGAAGUUUUUGGAAGGAUCGGAGCUGGGUUUGUCCUCAACAGAGAGCCCAUCCGCAAGAUCUACAUCGAACUCAUCUGUGUCGUUUUAUUGACAGUGUCUCUCUUCGCCUUUACUUUUGCUACUGAAUUCUGGGGUCUCAUGUCAUGUAGUGUGUUUUUUGGCAUUAUGGUUGGGACAAUAGGAGGGACCCACAUCCCACUGCUGGCAGAGGAUGACGUCGUGGGAAUUGAGAAGAUGUCCUCAGCGGCUGGAGUCUAUGUCUUCAUUCAAAGCAUCGCAGGGCUGGCAGGACCACCCCUGGCAGGUCUGCUGGUGGACCAGAGCAAGAUCUACAGCCGGGCCUUUUAUUCCUGCGCAGCUGGCAUGUCCGUGGCUGCCCUGUGCCUGGCCCUGGUGAGACCGUGUAAAAAGGGACUGUGCCAGCAUCACCAUCAAGGCAAAACCAAGACAGAACACCAUCCUGGGAAGAUGCUACAAGACACACCUGAAGACUUUCUGGAAAUGGAUCUUGGGAAGAGUGAGCACAGAGUUCAGGAGAAAAUGGAUCCAGUAUGACCCGUUGUCAUGUCACAGUAACUAAUAUGUUGCCUAGGAAAGGGAGCCCUGGGGACACAGGAGGGAUAGGCGCUAACCACUGCUCCACUUCCAAAACCACAUAAAGGGAAUGUGUGUGAACAGCACUACCAAUAGCUCCCCCCACCUUGAGUUUUCCUUUUUGUUUGUUCUUAAGCCAAAACAAAAGCAACCAAACAAUCUCCGUAUUCAAAUUCAGCCCUAUUCAGUAGCAAUAAUGCAAAGAUGUGCGGAAGGACUCUGGUUCACAUUCCAACAUUACAACAGUGCCAUGAACUGGCAAAGGUUGUUAAAGCACUCAUGUGUGGUAAACUACUAUUUUAUAAAAUGACAUCCAUCCCAGUCAUUGAAAUAAAAUUGGCCAUUCAAAAAAAAUUUUUUUUAAUCUUGAAUCAUUUAAAAAAAUGCUAAUUUUCAGAAAUACCAAUAAAUUAUUUUUAAACAAUCUGAAAAAUUACUGAGGUUUCCACUGACAAACUAUGGCCUCUGGAUCUUCUAAUUAUUGCAUGGAAGGAA